AUGUCAGUUGAGCCAACAAGGUCACAGCAAUGGCUUCAUCAUGAUUCACAACUGGCUGCCGAUGCUGGGGUAACAUUUGAACUUCAAUAUGUUGGUGCCAUUCCAGUGCUGACAUCCAUAAAAUCUGUGAAUAUAAAUACCAGAACUCGAAUUUGUCGUGCAUCAAUACGUCGUGUAUGUGAAGAUGUUGGUCUAAAACUACCAAGUAACCAACCAGCUGACAAGUCAAUAAAACAGUUCAUUGGCCCAUCCACUGAUAUGACAUGGGCAAUGGCAAACGUAUACCUUACAAUCACAUCACAAACACUAACUGUUGAAACAAUUGAUAAUGGUGUGUUAUUAUUCCAGCACAACCUAUUCCUGGUUUCUUUUGCUUCCGCUGGGGAUGCAGAUACACCAGAUUUCAUUUGUUAUGUGGCCAAAACAGAUCAAGACACUCGUAUGUGUUACGUUUUUGAAUGUUCAGAUGGUCUUGCCCAGGAUGUAAUUAUUACAAUCGGACAAGCAUUCCAGCUAGGAUAUCAGGAUUUCAAAAAUUCUAAACCGCAAAAUGUUAAUAAACAAACAUCUCCCAUUAAAUUAAAUUCAUUGGAUUCAUUAUUUUCUCAUCACCAAACAUUUCAAACAAAUAUAUCAAUGUCUAAAAAUUCUCUUAGUAAUUCAAACAAACCUUCAUCUAUUAAUAGUACCAAUUAUCAUGUAUCUGCCAAUACCAGUAAUUCCCUAUCAAAAGAGAAUACGACAUUAAAUCAAAAUACUUCUAUGCCUGAUAAUAAUGUUACUCAUCAACCAGUAGCUUUUGAUAAUUUUAUGGAUUUUGAAGAUAGUGCAUGGCAUCUUGGUAACGAACUUUCUUCGGGUAAUCAAACUGAUAAUGCAGAAUGCAAUAAGCCAUCCUGUGGCACUACAAAAAAUUCCACCCAAUCUAAUCAAAAUGAUUUAACACAACAGCCUUCCUGCAACAUUAAUAAAGUCGCUGGUGUCAAAUCAAUGUCUAAUGUAAAGGCACCAGUUGAACUUCCAAAUUUUGAACAUUUAGAACCAGUAGGUGAACCUUGGUAUGUUGGUAAAAUGUCCAGAUCACAAGCCGAAAAUUUGUUGCGUUAUGAUGGGGAUUUUCUUGUACGUGCUAGCAUUCAGCAGCCUGGUCAGUUUGUACUAAGCGGCCUUCAAGACGGAAAAUAUAGACAUUUGUUACUGGCCGAUCCCAAUGGAAAGGUACGUACAAAAGAACGAGUAUUUGAUAGCAUACAACAUCUUAUUGAUUAUCACCGAAAUAAAAUUAAUAUUUCCGGUAUCUACACAUACAUUUUGCAUUUCUUAAUUCAAUUCCGCAUGAUCUUUGACAUAGGUGCACAAUUCAGUGAUAACAUACCAACAACUCAACUUUAUCUCUGUGAUCUAAUAACUUUAUUUUAUAUCCCAUGCUUAUAUUGUUAA